AAAUACCCUGGUAUUCACAGAACGAUGCCUGACGAUCGAGUUGACAUAGUUACUUGCACCGCUCCUGUUAACAUCGCUGUUAUCAAAUACUGGGGGAAGAGAAAUGAAGAAUUGAUUCUACCCCUUAAUUCAUCUUUGAGCGUCACUUUGCAUCAAGACCAGUUGAAAACAAAAACAUCAGUCGCAACUAGUGCAUCGUUUGCCAAAGAUCGAAUAUGGCUCAAUGGCAAAGAGGAGAACAUAAACCACCCAAGACUCCAGUCCUGUCUGAGAGAGAUUCGUCGACUGUCCAGAAAGAGGCAUGGGGACAGUGAUCGUGAUGUGUAUCCUCUUGGUUUAACAAACAAAGUGCACAUCUGCUCCAUUAACAAUUUUCCCACUGCUGCUGGGCUUGCCUCGUCUGCUGCUGGAUUUGCCUGUAUUGUCUAUACGCUGGCUCAGGUGUUUGGAGUCCGAGAGGAAUUGUCCGCGAUUGCUCGGCAAGGCUCAGGCAGCGCCUGUCGAAGUAUGCAUGGAGGGUUUGUCCAAUGGAUCAUGGGGCAGCGAGAUGAUGGCAAGGACAGUCUAGCCCAGCAGGUGGCUCCAGAGAUGCACUGGCCUGAGCUCAGAGUCCUUGUACUAGUGGCCAGUGACAAGCAGAAGCCAAUAGGAAGUACCGCUGGAAUGCAAACCAGUGUCCAAACAAGCUGCCUUUUAAAGCAUCGGGUUGAGUCUGUCGUCCCAGGGCGAAUGUCAGACAUGAUUGAUGCCGUGGUCAGAAAAGAUUUUCCCACAUUUGCCAAGCUAACCAUGAAGGACAGUAACCAGUUCCAUGCCACCUGUCUUGACACUUACCCUCCCAUCUUCUACCUCAACAGUGUGUCUCAUCAGGUCAUCAACUUAGUCCAUCGUUACAACCGGCACUAUGGGGAAACGAGGGUGGCCUACAGUUUUGACGCAGGGCCCAAUGCCAUCAUCUUCACCCUACAAGAGUAUAUCUCCAUGUUUGUUCAGGCAGUCCAGCAUUUCUUUCCCCCAGACACCAAUAAAGAGCAGUUUAUUAAAGGUCUUCCAGUUAGCCCUGUUGUUUUGACUGAGGAGGUGAAGCAGGCCAUCGGCUUGGAGCCCAUGCCAAAAGGAAUUAGCUACAUUAUUAGUACCAAGGCUGGACCAGGCCCCUGUGUUGUGGAGGAUCCUGCUCAGCAUCUGCUCAGAUCAGACGGGUUUCCAAAGACAACUGUGUGAUCCAGUGCAUAUGAAGAUCUACAUAAUGCAAAACAAUAUUUUAGCAGAUAUAAUUAGUUUUUUAAUUAAUUAAAGCAAGAGACAACACACCAUGUCUGCAUUGUUUUGGCAUGUUUGUAUUGUUUUCUAGCACUACAUAUCUCAGAAUGCUAG